GACUAAACUUGGGGCAGAUCAAAAUAAAGUUUUGUACGUCAUUACGUAGGAAUCAAGAUUACGCAUCUCAGUUCUCGCGAGAACACAAACGGUUGAAUUUGAAAACAGGCGGCAGUUGCAAGAAGAAAGGUGAAGAAAAGGAAAGAUGACUGCAGACAAUGAAAUAGACGUCAAAGAGGCGUUUCAGCGCGCUCAGAAGGGCCACAAUAACAAGGCAAAGCUGGUAGCAAGCCUGAAGAGCCGCUACAGCAAGCUUGAGGACAAGACACUGUUCCAUGAGGAGUUUGUCCACUACCUGAAGUACGCCAUGAUCGUCUACAAGCGUGAACCUUCAGUUGAAAAUGUCAUCGAGUUUGUCGCAAGGUUCGCCACGAGUUUCCAGUCUCCACCUAAAACGGAGGAGGAGGAGCAGGCGGAGGAAGAGGAAGAAGAAGAUGAGGAUGAUCAUCCAUUUCUGAGUUUCAUCUUCAACUUCCUGUUGGAGUCUCACAAAGCCAGUAGCCAUGCGGUGCGUUUCCGUGUGUGCCAGCUGAUCAACAAGUUGCUGGGCAGUAUGGCAGAGAAUGCCCAGAUAGACGAUGACCUCUUUGAUCGCAUCCACCAAGCCAUGCUGGUCCGUGUCACUGAUAAGUUCCCCAAUGUAAGGAUUCAGGCUGCUUUGGCCAUGACGCGCCUUCAACAGCCGAAGGAUCCUGACUGUCCAACUAUCAACGCGUACAUGUUGAUUCUGGAAAAUGAUACUAAUCCUGAGGUGCGACGAGCCGUUCUUUCCUGCAUUGCAAUGUCUCCUUGCACCCUCCCCAAAGUACUCAAACGCACCCGGGACAUCAAAGAGAAUGUCCGCAAGCUAGCCUACCAGGUUCUGGCUGACAAGGUUCACAUUAAAGCUUUGACCAUCGCACAGAGAGUUGGUAUACUGCAGCAGGGUCUCCAUGACUCCUCAGAAGCGGUGAGGGAGGUGGUUUGUUCUCGUCUGCUGCCGGCCUGGCUGCUUCGGCUGGAUGGUAACGUCAUAGAGCUGCUCCACAGGCUGGAUGUAGAGAACUGUGCCCAAACAGCUCUGGACAUUCUGAAAGCCAUCUUCAAAGGCACACCCACUGAAGAACUGCUGCAGAACAGAGCGCAGCUCGACAACAGAAAGCUGAUCCCAGUGGACUCUCUGACCUGCGAGAAUGUGCUUUACUGGAGAGCUCUGUGUGAGUUCAUCAAGGCUAAAGGAGAUGAUGGUGAUGAAAUUCUGGAGCAAGUGUUACCAGACGCUGCCACUUAUGCCGACUACCUCUAUGGGUAUCUGAAGGCAGUGCCUGUGCUGUCAGAGGAACAGAGGGCUGACUUUAACCAGCUGGAGCUGGUCAUGACCAAGGAGUUCAUCUCCCAGCAGCUCAUCCAUCUCAUCGGAUGUCUGGACACCAACGAGGAGGGCGGCAGGAAGCGUGUAUUGACAGUCCUGCAGGAGAUGUUGGCUCUUCCACAGACUCCCUCCUCCCUGGUCUCCCUCCUCACUGAGAAACUCCUCACCCUCAUUCCUGAUGACCACAGACGCAUUCAGACUGUGGCAGAAAUCAUCUCAGAUGUGAGGGAGCCCAUCAUGGAGGCCAGUCAGCCAGUGGAUGAGAACGAGAGCCGUCGGCAGCAGGUCCAGCUAGCAGAGGUGAAGGUGCGUAUCUUGGAGGCUAAACAAACCCUGGAGGACUUUAUCACCGCCCAGGAGUUCAGCCGUGCUGCAGAGCUGAAGGACUCCAUCACAGAGCUCGAGAACCGCAGGAACCACAUCAUCCAGGAAAUCGCAGAGAGCAGCCAGCCAUCCGACAAGGAGAUCCGCACUGAGAAGAAUGACCCAGAGACUCUUCUGAGGUGUUUAACGAUGUGUGCCGAACUGCUGAAGCAGAUGAGCAUCAAGAUGCGAAUUGGUCCAACCAUAAGCGCCUUAAUGUCCUCACUGAUCCUGCCCAGUAUAGCAAAUGCUCACCCUGCUGUCCGUAAUAUGGCCGUGGUGUGUCUGGGGACAUGCACUCUGCACAGCAAGGAGCUGGCCAAAACCCACAUGGUCCUGCUGCUGCAGAUUGCCCAGCUGGAUGAGGUAAAGAUCCGUAUCAGUGCUCUGCGGGCCGUCAUCGACCUGCUGCUGCUGUUUGGCUUCCAGCUGCUCUCUGAAGCAGCUGCCACUCAGUCAGCGCCGCCCUCCCAGUCACCGGACAGACAGGAGGAGGACGCACCAGCGACCGAGGAGAAGGGAGAUGCACCAGAGGACACCACACAGAGCAUACUUGUGAUGCUUUCAGAGUUCCUGGACAGUGAGGUGUCUGACCUGCGUACAGAGACAGCGGAGGGCCUAGCCAAACUAAUGUACACUGGCCGCAUCUCCAGUGCCAAGAUGCUCUCCCGUCUGGUGCUGCUGUGGUACAAUCCCGUCACUGAGGACGACACCCGACUACGGCACUGCCUCGGCGUCUUCUUCCAGCUCUAUGCCCGCGAGAGCAGGGCCCACCAGGAGGUUGUGGAGGAGAGUUUCCUGCCGACUGUUCGGACUCUGAUGAAUGCCCCAGCCACCUCUCCACUAGCUGAGGUGGACAUUAACAAUGUGGUCGAGCUACUUGUGGAGCUGACCCGUCCAAGUGCACUUAUUAAGCCCUCAACUAACACAGAGGAGGUGUGUGUCCAUGAUUACUUGGCGGUGCGCAUGUGUGGGGAGAUGCUGAAGGACCCUACAGCCCCUGAGGUGCGUCUCUAUGCCAAGACUCUAAGCAACCUGGAGCUCAGCAGAGAUGAGACCGUCAGGAAAGACCUGCAGACGCUGCUGCAGCAGCUUGUACAGGUGGUGAAGGAUCGUGUCUGUCUUCGUGCUCUGGACAAAAUGAUUUCUCAGCUGGUGGACUCAAAAGAACAGGCUGAGCUCCUCAGCGCAAGCGCACUACAACCAUUGGAUGUCAAUGCAGAUGAGGCUGCAGCAGACGAUCCAUCAAAAUCUUCCAAGAGAGCCAAAAGAGGUCAGAGGAAAGUCUGCACAGCCAAAGGGGGCAGAAAGCUGAGCAGGAGGGCAGAGUCAUCAGAGGAGAGUGAUGGAGAAAAUGUGCCAGAGUCAGUUCCUGUGGUGCGUCCCUCGCGGAGGGCCAAGAGUGUAGCUCUAGAGAAGACAAAGCUGGAUCUCAACACGCUCAUCAACCAGGAGGCCAAUAUGUCAUAGGAGUCAGGUUAUGAGCAGUUAAUGUAAAAAUGGACAUUGAAAUUGGUUAUUUUUAAGAAGAACUCCAGUCUAAUAUAAUUCACAAAUACUUGUGUAAUGUGGAAAGAUUUACGUUUAACGUAUAGUAAAACUGACAUUAGUAAAUGUCACUGAACCUGGCACAUUGCUGAACCCUUACAAUGGGGUCACCUCUUUAUAUGUAGUCAUAUUUCCUCUGAUGUUUUAUGUCUGUAUGUUUCCCAGUAUCAAGUUUUUGUCAUUUUAAUCAUUAAAAGUGAAAUAUGUCAAA